AUGAGCGUUAACAUUAUUGACGUUGGCGUCAGCAGGAUCCUGGGAGCUCGAGCGGAUCAAGAAGACCGUUACAUCACCUUGACACCGGGUUCGCUGAAGUCACGGAAAGAGCUCGCUCUCUUUGCGGUAUAUGAUGGCCAUGGGGGUACGGAGACUGUAAACCACGUUGCACAGCAUCUUCACACACACCUGGAACAACAUUUCAGCAACCCCAAGGCAUCAAAUGCGGCUGAGUACAAGCAUGCGAUACAAUGUGCCCUGCGAGCUUUAGAUCGCGAUCUAGACCGUGACAACCUUGACGGAGGCUCAACCGUCUCUCUCGUACUCAUCGAUACCAAGCAAAACUUGCUCAUACAGGCAAACUUAGGCGACAGCCAUGUAUUCUUCGCAGAUCACGAGCCGCGAUCUCCGCAAUCGUUAUCGCCCGAAUCUCCCACGCGGGUUGACUCCGGCACGGGUUCCAUGAGCUGGAAUGUGGAGGCACUAAGCGUGGAGCAUGCACCAGACAGCCCAUUGGAGAAGAGAAGAGUGGAAGAAGCAGGUGGCGAGAUCAACUACCGGUCCGGUAUUGCACGCAUCGGCGGCGUGAGUAUGUCGCGCGCACUAGGCGACUUGGACUACAAGAAGCCUCGCGUUAACCGUCUAGCGGGCCACGACCUUUCCGAUCUAGUUGGCGUAGAAACUGGCCUUGCACCAGGAAAGACUGCGAUUCAUGAUUUGGUAUCAAACAAAGCGCAUUUCACCGUUCGGACUCUCCAUGGCCAAUCCCUUAUCCUCCUGGCGUCAGAUGGUGUCGGUUCAGCGAAAGAGGCGGAGGAAUGCACAAGGCUAGCAGUUGACGGGUGGCAAUCUGGGAAGGAGGCGAAGGAAAUUGCCGAAGAGCUGACUUCUAGAGAGGGGGAAAUGAAGGGUGCAGACAACUGUACCGUCAUCGUGGUUGUGCUGGAUACGGAGAGUAAGGGACGCCGGAGCAUAGACAGCGGGAGGAGGAGUAUGGACAUCGGUAUGGAGGGAAGCGGAUCAAGAAGAAGGAGACGAUCAAGUAUUGCUAGCCUGAAGGACUGGAUACGAGACCGCUAG